AUGUCUUCGUCAAACUUGAAAGCUGAACCUUACCCAAUGAAAGACGAUGCAUCGAUCUAUUCCAGAUUUGAUGAGGAUGGCGAAAACUCAUCCGAUGCUUCGAAUCGAAUGUGCUUUACUCGUUUCUGUAAAUGGUUUCGACAAAACUUCAGCGUUGGUACACGCAACUUGGUUUACAUCUUCCCUGGUCUAGCAAUACUAUCCGUUCCUGCCGUGUUGGGAUGGACAAUCUACAAAGGCACAUAUAUUGCUACGGUGCCAUUAGAAAUUUGGGCAUUGUGGUUAGGCAUUUGUUGGUUCGCUUUCUUUGCGUCGAGAUUUGUUAUGGCAGUCGCGCCGGACAUAUUUGAAUGGUUUUUUGGGCUAUUUUCAUCCAAGAUCAAGAGAUAUAUGGACUAUUGGAGACAUUUGCAUUUUUAUGUCUCAAAUGUCACUUUCUUUCUUGCCGCGCUUAUCACAUUCAAUCCAAUUAUGGUCGCCUAUAAUGGGAAUGAUGGAGUGAUUGUUGACUGGCAAGACAUCGUUCAUAGAAUACUAGCAGUACUAUUUAUCUCGUCUUGCAUAAUUGCCCUUGAAAAAUUGCUUCUUCAGGUUAUAGCUGUCAAAUUCCACCAAACAACGUAUCAAGAUCGCAUAGCACAGUCAAAGUAUCAAAUUGCAGUUCUUUCUAAGCUCCUUGUAGUCGCCAAAAAAAGAGUUCGUAGACCCUCAAUUGAUGCGUUGGUCACAAACAGAAGCUUUGGAAAUCAAGGCAGAGGCGGAAUUGUCAAGAUUUUUAAAACAACUAAAAAUGCUAUUGAGAAGACUACAAGCGUUUUGGGACACAUGGCUUCGGAGAUUACUGGCCAGAAAUUUGACCCGAACACGAAUUUUGCUGAAACCACAGUCUUACAUUAUCUUCAAUCAAGUCAUGGUGCACGUGCCUUGGGACGUCGCUUAUUUCAGGCUUUCUGUCCCCACAAACGCGCCUAUCUUACGCUCGAUGAUGUCCGAAAUGUAUUCCAGACGGACGAAGAGGCUGAAAAUGCAUUCUACAUGUUUGAUAAAGAUGGCAACGGAGAUUUAACCAAGGAAGAGAUGCUCAUAUCAUGCGUUGAAGCUUACAAAGAACGUCAAGCUAUUUCUGCCUCUUUACGCGAUUUAGAUAACGCCGUGGGUAAAUUGGAUUCCAUCAUGAUGGUUGCAAUUUAUUUCGUUAUAAUUCUCCUCUUUAUUGCCUUCUUAAAUGUGUCAUUCCAGACAUAUAUUGCAACAGCCGGAUCGGUCCUGGUUGCACUUUCAUUUAUGGUUGGGUCAACUGCCCAGGCAGUCUUUGAAAGCAUAAUUUUCUUGUUUGUUAGACAUCCGUUCGACGUCGGCGAUCGCGUAGUCAUAGAAGGGGAGACGUACAUUGUCGCCGAAAUGUCUUUAAUGACUACUACUCUAACUCGUAACGAUGGUGGAGAAGUACACGUUGCCAACAAAAGCCUGACGGAGCUUUUUAUUCAUAACGUUCGACGCUCAGGACAUAUGGCAGAUGAAACAUUUAUUGAAGUUGAUUUCUACACGACGUUUGAGCAGAUUGAAGCAUUGCGGAAGCGAAUGGUGCAAUUCUUGAAAGCGGAAGAAAGAGAUUUUUAUCCACAAAUCGAAAUAACUGUCGAAAAGUUAGUGAAGCUCAGACAAAUGUUGAUCAAGAUAAGUGUUAUUCAUAAAAGCAAUUGGCAAGAUGAUGGCCUAACAUCGAGACGAAAGAAUAAGGCAAUAUUAAUCGAACUCGAUAUUCAAGGACCGUACGAUUCGCCAAGAUUUCCGGCUGACAAAAUGGUUCCUCCAAAUCGUUCUCUUCGAAAUCUCCAUAAUAAUUCAUCUAAUGAUGCUAGCAAAGCUGAUUUUACUCUUGGUGUCAAGAGUGACGUAUUUGACGAAGAUGAAAAUAGAUCGAACAGACAAUCAAUAAGGAGGCGAAAGACUGAAAGGCAUACUUUUGGGAGUGAUGAGGAGGAUGAGGUACAUAAUCAUAAGCAAGAAUUGGAAUCUGGACGAGUCGAUAUUGUGGUUUCUGACGAAAAAGGAAAGUCGGACAAUAAUUACAAUAAUUACUUCUGA